AUGAGAUCUCUCCUUAUUCUAGUUACUUUGUGUGGAUAUUCCUAUUGCCAAUUUAGUUCAACUGGACAAAAGAACAUUGUGGAUGCUCACAACAGAUUGAGAUCUUCAAUUGCUAAAGGAACAUAUAUCGUCAAAGGAACUAAGAAACCAGCCGGAAGCAACAUUCUCAAAAUCAAAUGGGAUAAAACUGUAGCUACAUCAGCUCAAUCUUAUGCCAACAAAUGUCCGACUGGACAUUCGAAGGGAACUGGAUACGGAGAGAAUCUCUAUUGGCGUUGGUCGACAUCUUCUCCAAAAGAUUUGAAUGAAUUCGGACUUCGUGCUUCUGAUGCCUGGUCCAGUGAAUUUGGAAAGUAUGGAUGGAAGACUAAUAAGAUGGACAGAGCACUUUUUGGAUCUGGAGUUGGACAUGCUACGCAAAUGGCAUGGGCUAACACAGGAGGAAUCGGAUGUGGAGUGAAGAAUUGUGGAAAGGAUAAGACAAAGAAUGGCAUGUACAAAGUGGUUGUUGUUUGUCAGUACAAGGGGCCAGGGAACUACAUGGGUCAGGAUAUCUAUAAAAGUGGAAAAACUUGCUCUUCGUGUCCUUCGAAAACGAAAUGCGAGAAAUCUACAGGACUUUGCGUUUAA